AUGGACAACAUAAAGCUGUUUCCUUGCUGGAAACAAACUUAUCGUCUUGUUAAUGAUGAUCACUAUGCGUCGGAAGACAUUCAGAAAACAUUAGCUGAACUGCAGUCACGAUGGGAACACCUCUUGGAGUUACUUGGUCCGAAAUGGUUGCAAGUCCAGAACUACGAAUGGCAAAAUGGCAAGAGAGCUUUGAAUGGAACGAACUGUGACAAUCUACCUUGA